AUGAACAACGAGCUACCGGCUAAGCUCCCUCUGCAGUACCUGCUGCCGGUGGCGCUGCCUGGCCCGGCUGGAAAUGACAUUUCUAGAGACCCUACUCCUGGUAUAAAAGAAGAGGAGGAGGAAGAAAUCGAAGCUGACUCCAAAGAGCAUAAGAAGAGAACGGCAAGAGCAUGUAUACGGUGCCGGUUCCGCCACACACGGUGUCCUGGCGGACAGCCAUGUUCGAAGUGCCAGAUGGCGAAAACAAAGUGUGAAUACGUGGAGUACGAGAAGCGGUUAGUUGUGUCCAGAAAAUACUUAUACAAGCUUCAGGACGACAUAGCACGGCUCAAGAAGGAGAACGCAGCGUUGAGAAACUCCGUCAAGGAGGCCCCUCGGAAGGUUUCUCCUACGUUGUCUGAACCAUCGCUUUCUUCCACAGAGCCUGGUACUAGCCAAUUUGGAGGCCGCUUCGGAUCUAAUAUACCACCCCAACCCCCACAGACCCAGGCUGAAUUCCACGCUGCUACCAAGAACGAGCACGGAGGCCAAGAGGUCAUCCAUCCUUCUUUGGACAAGUACGGCCGCCUCAUCCAAUCACGAACGGGCGAGAAGGUCUACGUGGGCUCGUCCUCCAUGACCCUUUUUGGGCUCGAGAUUCAGAACAUGGCUCCAUCGUUCGAGCAAUCCUCACUCCUUCACCCAAAUUCACUCAACACGACGCCCGUGGACUCGCCCCAGAGCCAGUUUAUUUCUCAGAGCAGCUUCCAAGAUACAUCUACCAGUGAAGUACGCAGACAGACCAAAAUCCUAGAAAAGGAGGGCAACGCAUACAACAUCACUUUGGCCAAGACCAAUACCCGCCCUGGUUUGUCUGUCAACUUCACACUUCCGUCCUAUUCCUAUGCUAUACUACUUGUUGACACAUUUAUCAGCUACAACGACGGUUGUUUCUAUUUCUUCAACGAGGGCCUUGUCAAACGGUUUCUUAUGAACUUGUACCUGGGUAACACUAGCGAGAAUAAGAAGAUCAUCAAGAGAAACAUGGCGCCCAGAGUCGGGCCCGCCGAUGAUGAAAAUACCAUCAAGAAGGAUACCGAUAACGAGACUAUCCUAGAGACAAUCUGGUUUUGCAAGAUCCUUUUGAUUUUUGCGGUGGGUGAGAUGUACCUAGGCACAGACUCCGAUCCACAUCACGAGAGGUCGAAGCAAGAACGCAUACACAUGUUUGGCCAGAAGAAGAGCAAGAAGAAGGACUCCAACAAGCGUAACACGCUACCUGGCUCUGGCUUCUUUUACCAGGCAUCCGAGCUUUUCACAGGUCUUUUUGCAUCUGGAGCUAUCGACAACAUCACCAAAGAUGGCGGUAUCGAGGUCAUACUUCUAUACGCAUUCUAUCUCCAGGUCGCUGAUUGCACCAUUGCAUCUUACUUCUACUUCGGUCUUGCCCUUCGAUCCACCUUAAUCUUAGGUUGGCACGUUGAUGCGGAUAUGGAGAACUUGAACAGAUUUGAACUCGAGCACAGAAGAAGAAUCUGGUGGACGGUGUACAUGUACGAGAGAAUGCUCUCUUCCAAAGCUGGUCUUCCUUUGAGUUUUGCCGACGACAGUGUAUCUACUGAAUUGCCAUAUGAUUUCAAGAUUGAUCUUGAUGAUUUUCCACAGGAUGAGAAUGAUGUCAGAGGUUACUACAUUUUCCCAUCGGCAGAAUACAUCAACAACUGUGUCACCAUCACACAAAUUAAUGCCAUCAUCUUGUCAUCCCUUUACACCAAACAGCCUACAGCCAACAUCUUACCAGUGGUUUCUGAUUUGGUCCAGCGUCUAUUCAACUGGAAGAUGGCACUCCCCGAUUUCCUUCAAGUUGACUUCUCCAAAGAUGAUGUGAAGAUCAACCGUUUGAUCGUGAAUUUGAUGACAGAAUACUUCCAAGGUAUGAAUUUAGCUGUUCGUCCACUUUUAUUCCAUUUUGCAACCAAGAAGCUCCGAGAGUUACAGGUACAAAACUUUUCGAACCGCUAUGUCGACUUGACCAAGUAUUCCAAGAAUGUUCUCACACUCUUGAAUGCAUCUUUCCAGGCCUCGAUCAACACUAUCAAAUCUAUAUGGGCACUCAUGCCACAAAACAUGGUGGCCCUCUUUGGGUGGAUGGACCGUGAGUACCUUUUCACUUCCGCUUCCACCCUCAUUCUUUUCAAUGCGUCCUUUGGAGUCCAUGAUGCGACCAGAGAGCACUUAGAUCACGCUCUCACACUCUUCACAAAGAUGAAGAAGCUUGGUAACUAUCCAGCGGCUCUUAGAAGAGCGCAACUUUUGAAGCUUAUAAAGGUUCUCGAUUUCAAUGGCGUCAUGCAAGACUUGAUCUCCAAGCACGAUGAUGGUCAACCCCCUACAAAUGGUGGAGAAGCCGCCAAGAUGGAUGUCGAAAGUAACGCCUUCGGUGAUACAAUGUCUUUCAUCAACAUUGGCAACGCAGCUGCCCUUCACAAUAACCAGCUGACCCUUACGAAACCACAGCCCUUGUCACAAGUUCCAGAGCCACUUCGAGCAAGUCUAGAUUAUCUCCAGUUCAAUGGACCAAAUCCAUCGGCAGCGCAGGCCACGUCCCAUAGACAUACACCUACAAUACCGGCCUCAGCGAACUUGACCGCGGAAAGUGCCUUUGACUUCAAGGAUAAUAUUGGCAAUGCCGGAUUUGGAGGAGGAGAUGUUUACCCAAAUGCCGAUUUGGCUGGUAUUGAGGGUUUGACAUACGUUGAUGAGGAGCAGAAGUUGUGGAAUGAGAUCACCAACGAUGCCGUUUGGUUGCAAAGUCUGGGUGGACUUCAGGGAAAUAAGCCCGAGAGUUCCGUGGGUUUGAAUGAUGACUUCAUGAACUCGCUACGCGAAGCUCGUCUUCAUAAGGAGAUGGAGAAUGCUAUGAAUGGAAAUUCAUCUACCAACGGGUACGCUGGCGGGUACAGUGACAUCAUCAACCUGGAAUUCCAAAGAGACCUAUUCUAG